AUGACCCAGGUCGGAAACGAGCCCAUCCCCAAGACCCAGCGCGCCGCCGUCUCGGACGACCCCUCCGGCUUCAAGAUCAAGGAGAUCCCCGUCGUUCAGCCCGACCAGCUCGAGCCUGGCCGUGCCCUCGUCAAGGUCCUCUACUCUGGUGUCUGCCACACCGACCUCCACGUCAUCAAGAACGAGUGGCCCGUCCACCCCGAGCGCCCUUGCAUUGCUGGCCACGAGGGCUCCGGCAUCAUUGUCGCCAUCAACGACGCUACCUCGCAGUUCAAGGUCGGCGACAGGGUCGGCAUCAAGUGGAUCGCCACCUCGUGCAACGAGUGUGACUUCUGCCUUGCUGGCAACGAGCCCCUCUGUCUCCAGGCCAAGUGCUCUGGUAUCAACGCCCAGGGAUCCUUCAUGCAGUACUGCCCCGCCUACACCUCGCAGCUCACCCGCAUCCCCGACGGCCUCGACAUGGCUGAGGCCGCCCCCAUCCUCUGUGCCGGUGUGACCGUCUGGAAGGCCCUCAAGAACUCCAAGGCCCGCGCCGGCCAGUACGUCUGCAUCCCCGGUGCCGGUGGUGGUCUUGGCUCGCUUGCCCUCCAGUACGCCAGGUACAUGGGUAUCUCGACCAUCGCCAUCGACUCGGGCGCUGAGAAGAAGGCCCUCUGUGAGAAGUACGGCGCCUCGGCCUUCAUCGACUUCAAGGAGGUCACCGACAUUGUCUCCGCCGUCAAGGCCGCCACCCCCGACGGUCUCGGUCCCCAGGCCGCCAUUAUCACCUCCCCCAAGCCCGAGGCCUACCUUAUCGCCAUGGAGUACAUCCGUCCUGGUGGUACUGUUGUCGCUGUUGGUCUUCCUCCUGCUGGCGCAUAUGUCAAGGCCGACGUAUUUUUCACCGUGCUUCAUAACAAGAACCUUGUUAGUUCGUACGUGGGGAAUCGUUUGGACGCCAACGAAGCUCUGGACAUCGUCGCGAAGGGCCACGUUACGUGCCCGAUCGUCGUCGAGCCGUUCGACUCUCUCGACUCGUUCUACACCCGCAUGGCCCAGGGUACCCUCGCUGGCCGCGGUGUCAUUGACCUCUGGAACAAGCGAUUGGGUUUUAGGAAAAAAAGGAACGGGAAAAUCAGAUCAGAAGGUGGUCCGUAG